AUGGAGGGGGGAGGCGUCAGCGAUAAUGAAAUAUCUCUUACAUCCACUGUUGAGAGUGAACAAGAGUCUGAAUAUGAGGUCGAGACAAUCUUGGCAGAGGAAGAGUUCCCGGAUGGCAUGAGAUUUCUUGUUCGGUGGCUUGGCUACUCUAUUGAUAGAUGUACUUGGGAGCCUGCAGGAAGCUUCAACUUCGGCGAGACGUUACGGGAUUGGGGGCGCAAAAAGCAGCAAAUUUCCGAGGGAAAGGAAUCCGCCUUUGAUGUAGCUGCUUGGGAGGCAAGGUUGGUCCGACUCCAGGAGGAAAGGGAUGAGAGAAAGCGCAAAAGAUUGGUAAAGCGGCUGAAAUUCUCAGCAUCAGAGGCCAACUCAACUCCUGUCAAGCGUGCCCCAACCAUCCGAAGGACGAAUUCAGAUAAAAGCUUGAGCAGCGCGACUUCGCGCCAACCGGGGCCAGCUCCCAGAUCACUGUUUCAAGAUGGGGUUCACCCAGCCAGACAAGGACUAUUGGGAUCAUCAGCUCAACGGUUGCCGCCAGUUCUUUUUGGGUCCAGCCAAUCCACCCCGGAUUCCUCCCAGCCUAAGAAGCCCAGUGGCACUGAUAAACCCAAACUGUUCAAAAACCUGUCGACGAAGUGGAGAUAUGAGAAGCUAGGGAGAACUGAGCCAGCACCAGACAAGAACCAGCUCGACCUCCGGCGGCCAGCCGAGUGGGCUCCCAUAUCGUCCACUGAUAUUGCGCAACUUGGGCCUCGUCUAGUAACAGAUAUCGCGGAUGAUAGUCGAAUGGAUCAUGCCUCUAAUGAUCCUUUGGACUCGCCCCGAUCAUCUCAUCGCUAUCAAAGAUACCCGGUUGCUUCAUCCAUUCCAAACAACAAUUCGUGGAAUGUGUCAAACCCUGAACUAAUCGAAACCCGCAGCGAGCCCAUCAAUAAUAUAGCCGCUCACCAUGGCUCCGCCAAGCCUAUCAGCGAAUUCAACUUGGAGUUUCCCGCUAGGAAACCUGACAGCACAUCUAAGGUCUUACACUCCGGGCGUUGGUGGAACCGUGGGGAACUGUAUGUCACGAUCUACCUUGGCCCAGAAAAGCUGGAAAUUGGUGACGUUAGAUUAUGCGGCAUACCUUUCGAGAAGGCGAGAGGAAUUUUUAAGAUGAAGGUAGGAAGAGUAAUUGAGUUGUGGUUCAAGGAUCUCUGUACUCUGGAUGAAUAUAAUGCACUUUGCCACGGUAUGCCAAACCAAAAAAUUGCGAAUGGAUGGGUCGAGGGCUUCGAUGACACCGAACCGACGGUUCGCAGAGCAGCUAUGUCGCUUUGGCAAGCAAAUCAGGUUGCAAUAGCACAUAUCAACCGCGGCUGGUGGGACGAAAUACUGCUUGCGUACCCUCCUGGUUCUCCGGAUUUCGACUUCCUUGAUGCCGGCACCUCUUGGUCCGAGAGAGGAUACCUUCACCUCACUCUUAGGGGCCCUCUAGGACCUAAGGCGAGGCUAAAUUCAGGCGCGAAAAUUUACCCUCAUCUCAGGGAAAUGAGUAACACUUCGACUGGGGGUAGCCUUGGGCCAACUACGGCUAACGUGCCAAGUGCCGUGAAACCGUCGCGCAGCAUCGACGUCGCACAAGAAAAUACCAACCCUUCCACAAGUCUCUCCACACUGGACCUGCCGGAUACAGCAAUUUAUACGCCAUCCUCCUUGAACUCGCCCACAACUCCGAUCCUAUCCAGUAAGUCGACUGUAUACAAAACUAUAACUUCCGCCGAAUCCAUGAACCGCGACGCUCGCUCUACUGAGGCCGAAGCACCAGAUGGAUCGAACCUUCAUACAGCUCCAGAUUUGGAUGAACUCCUGUACUCCAAAUUUGGCAUAAGCUUCAAGAAAUUAGCUACAAUCAGUAACACAGAGAAGCCUCAACGAGCAGAGAUGUUUUUUGUUUGGUUUCCUGAUGAUUCGGAGCUCGUCAGAAAUGAGAAGGAGCUCAUCCUAACAUUCUUAAGAAAGCACACCUCUCUACUGUUCUACAACAGCGUGGAUGUGGAUUGGGAAAGAUUCGUUACCAUGGUCAAGAAAAAUACGAUGCAAGGUGUUGUUCUUUUCCAUGAGUCUUUCGUUCAAUACGAGACUAUCCCAUUCCUCAAAGAAAUUCUCCGCAAGACACCCGCUUUCUGGAAUAUCUCCAUUUCGCAGCCACUUAAAUAUGCUGGCUACCCAGUGCAUGCCCAGCGCCUAUUUCCGCAUGGUGGUGUCAUUCUAUUAACUGAAGACUUCAUGGUCCGCGAACCGGAUGCUGCGACGAUCAUCUUGGGUUGGUUCUGCGAGUAUACACGAACGAAAAUUCCAGGAAACUGGAAAAUAAUGGUACGCCCAGAUAUUUCGAACUGGUUGUUGAAGCAGGUCGAGGUCAGCGAUAAAACACAGAAAUCCUGGUGGCUUGCCAUUUCUCAUCUACUUGGACGGCUCGGAUUAUCCCCUACUGACGGUCGUCUCCCAAGCAUCGAAGAUGACCAUAGCUCCGUCAUCUCUCCAUCUACACUUCCCAGAUACGGCUCGCGAACUUCUGACGACUGUCCAACCAUUCCUAACAAUUGCACCCAAGAACAACGCAACACCGACCAUCUUGCCGAGUUCUUUGCUGGCUGGAGUAUAGUCAACGCUCACCGCUUCCGCCGUUUCUCCAUGGUCACAGCUCUGGAGCCCCUUAAAAGAUGGACAGAUUGGCAACAUAUCGACGUCAGAGGCCCCCAGGAAUUCUAUCAUCUUUACCAAAUCGACCCCAAAAGAAUACACGCAACAAUGCUCCAAGAAGCACCAGGCCUUUCUACCACGGGACCAUCACCUUAUGCUCCACGAACUCCGAUGCCAUCCAGUACUCCGGCUGGUGAGCAACGGUCCAAUUCAUCUGCUACCCAGCCUCUUUUCCAGCACACGUACGGUCAGCCUUAUCAGUGA